AUGACUUGGGCUGUUCAAAUCUCCCAAUAUGACUUGCAGUAUAAACCCAGGCAUGCGAUCAAGGCUCAAGCCAUGGCUGACUUCCUGGUAGAGGUCAUAGGGGACCCUGCCGGGACUCCGAGCACAUGGUGGAAGCUCCAUGUGGACGGAGCAUCCAACCAAACAUUCGGAGGAGCAGGAAUUAUCUUAGAGAACCCAAGUGUAGUUGUAUACGAGCAGUCAGUCAAGUUCAAAUUCCCGGUAUCGAACAAUCAAGAAGAAUACGAGGUCUUACUGGGCGGCCUAGCUCUAUCAAGAGAGGUUGGAGCUACCAGACUGGAAAUAUGUAGCGACUCACAGGUCGUGACCUCGCAGAUCAAUGGGAGCUACCAAGCCAGAGAUUCACUAUUACAGAAAUAUCUGGAGAAAGUCAGGGAAUGGAGUAAGCAAUUUGAGGAGGUCAUAGUUCAGCACGUACCGAGAGAGAGGAACGCACGGGCAGACCUCCUAUCAAAGAUGGUAGAUCCUUCCUGGAUGAGCCCAAUCAUCGAUUUCUUGGAAAAUGCCAAACUCCCCAGCGACGAGAAGGCGGCAAAGACAAUAAGGCGAGAAGCGGCCAAGUAUACAAUCAUACAAGGCCAAUUGUUUAAGAAGGGGCUUAACCAACCUCUGUUGAAGCGUCUGCAUCCUGACCAAAUAGACUACGUCCUUAGAGAAGUCCACGAGGGAUGCUGCGGCCACCACAUUGGAGGAAAGGCCCUAGCCAGAAAGCUUGUCAGAGCUAGUUAUUACUGGCCCCCUAUAAUGGCAGAUUCUAAAGAAUUCGAUAGAAGGUACAAAAGAUGCCAAGAGAACGCCAACUUCCACAAAGCACCAGUGGCCGAGCUAAGCCUACUAACGGUUUCCCGACCUUUCUCGCAAUGGGGAAUCGACCUGUUAGGACCCUUUCUGAUCGGGCCAGGGAAGGUCAAGUACUUAAUAGUGGCGAUCGAUUAUUAUACCAAGUGGAUAGAAGCCGAGCCGUUAGCUAGUAUAUCCUCGGCAAACUGUCGGAAGUUCAUGUGGAGAUAG